AUGGUAAUCAACCUUCAUGCGAGGGGCCUUGCCAAGCUUCCAGGAAGUUCCAAAUUCAGAGGAGUAGAAUUUGAACAUCAGAAAGGAAGAGCCAUCGAUGGACCCCGCGUGAACCCACUUGCAAGUUGUGAACUGGGAGAGGGAGUAUUUUUCUUAUGUGCAAAGGGUCCUGCAUCGAAUCUAUGGCAAAUUGAAGGUGUCGGGUCCUUCAUUAGGAAGACGAUCAACAAUAUCUUUUACCGGUUCAUAUUUAAGACCGAGAUACAUGAUGGGAUUACUGUGCUGCUGGUGAUUUUGGGGUGUAUCAUCAAUGGCUUUGCGCUGCUACUGAAGGAAGAGCACAAGGGUUUGCUGAAGUAUUGGCCAGUGUCGAACAGUUUUGAAGAGGUGAUAUUCUUUAGUGAGCUGGAGGAAGUUCUGGAAGCUAUACAGCCUGCAAGAUUUCAACGUUGCACAUGGUUCCUUGUAUGCCCAGAUUUAUUGGUGCCUGAUCAGUUCUCAUUUUCAGGUAUCUUAGUAGGUGGCAGAGAGGACUUUGUUGUUAUGGAACGACAAUCACGUCUAGAAUCCAAUCAAGCUGGACCGACAGAUAAAAUUACCCAUCAACUUCCCUCGGAGAGGAACGCCAGGCGCCAUUGGAUCCAGGCUGCGCAAAGCCUGACACUGAACGUUUGGAAGAUAUCUCCGACAAUGAUCUGGAGCUAUUCGAUGCAUGCUUGUUCAAUUUCCAGGAGCACGAAUCUCAGGAAGGUGAGAUCAAGUCGAGACGGGAAGCCACCUGGAAGAGAUUGCCGACAUGAAAGCUUCAUCAAGCAACGAGCCAGUGUUGGCCUAUCCUAGAAGCUCAGCAAAGCUCAUGCCUUUACUAGGUCAACAAGAGGAGAUCAGGUGGAAAGUUCAUGUGUUGGUUCUCAUGAGUCAAGAUUUAGCAUGACUUGGUUAGGAAAUUAGGAUAUCUUAGAUUAAUAAAGUAAUUAGUUGUGUUUAUGAACAAAAUUUUGUAGUGAUACUGAUACUACAUUAUGAUAUGGAGAAUGGCCAACGGUAUGGAACUAUACAUUCAGUCCCCCAACCAUAAUCCUCCAUUGUUUUUGUUCCUUUA